GCUAGAAAGUGGAAAGCUUUAGAAGCUAGCAUUAUUUUUUUUUUUCUUUCCUUUUUUUGAAAAGAAAGGAAGCCAUUAACGAUUGUGUAUGUUGUCAUGAUUGGACAGGCCGAUUGUAUGCAUUGGAGAGAGGGAUGGAGAUUCCCAACCGUAAUGCAGAGAUCAAGGGCUUUCUUACUUCCGUAUUGAAUCAACUGGAAAAGGACAAGAAGUCGAUACAGCUGGGCGAUGAAGAUGCGAUGGAGUUAGAAGGGUUUGCGCUGGCCGUGUUUCAGAAGGCGGAUAAGAUUGACCGAGCAGGGAGGGCAGAUAAAAACACAGCAAAAAUCUUUUACGCGGCAAGUCUGUUCUUUGAGAUUCUGAGACAGUUUGGAGACCUAAACCCUGAGAUAGAGAGUAAACAGAAGUAUGCAGCAUGGAAGGCAGCUGAUAUUCGAAGAGCGAUCGACAAGGGCCUAACUCCGCGGCCUGGACCACCCAUAAAGGACGGAGACGAGGAAGCGGAAGACGAUGAGGCAGAGGUCAGUGGUGCCACUGUCUCUUCCAGUACAGUUGCCCAUGCCAGUCUGCCUGCAGUCUCGGCCGUUGAGCGGCCUCCUACACCGUUGCCCGAGACGAUGACAACUGGUCUAGCACCCCCUUUGACUCCCCAGCCUCCCUUGGCAAGCACCGGUGGCGCGGCUUCAGGAGAGUACUAUGGUGGGGGUCAACAUCAGCCGCUGCCACCUGCGGCAGCAGCACAAUAUGUGCGUUCAUCGUCUUUUGCUUUUUCUCCACCAGAGAAUCCCUGUUUCGGCAUGCCGCCCUCAGCUCCUCUGCACCCUCCGCCCACUCAACCGCCUUCUUCAUACUCGUCUUAUCCGAGUACGGAGGGCGCAGCGGCACCCACAGUUCCCUUCGCAGUUGCCGAAAGGCCAUCAGCUCCAUCGUACAAUGCGGCCAGAGCUCCGUACACCACUUCAAGUCAACCCUCUGCUCCAACUGUAGGGGGACCUACUCAAGGCGGGUACCCGGGAGUGGCCGGAGUUGCGGCACACAGGAGCACGAGUCACGGAACUGAAGCAGGCAGUCAUGUUCAGGGCUGGGCUGCUCAAGCUGUGCCAGGAACCGGUGCUCGGACCGUUGGAGCAAGCGCUGGACCAGGUGGACCAGGGCAUGCCAGCAAUGGACCGUUUGCGGCAGUGCACCACACUCCAUCUCCCGAUAAAGUUGCAGAAGCACACAAAGCAGCGCGGUUUGCGGUGAGCGCGUUGGCAUUCGACGAUGUUCCGACUGCUAUCACAUACCUGCAAAGAUCUCUGCAGUUGCUGACAAAUCCGAGCGCGCCAAUUUGAUGUACGAGGGAGGCGGAGUGACUCCGGACCUGGAAGCAGUGUCGUUUGGCCAUUGUAUCAGCGUGCAUUGUGCGACCAGCAAACUGCCAGCUGAAAAGUGGGAGGUGAGGUUGCUUUGCCAAAUAGUAGUGCCUAGUUGUGAGUAGCUCCGAUUGUCUGUGAGUUUCCCCCUGCCCGUUUGUUUGGAUGCAUGCUUGUGCUCGUGCAUGGUGCCUCAGGCCUUGUUUUAGGUAGGAAGAUGGCUUCAUGAGUGUGCUGGAUUCGCGGAGGAGAUGUGGUAUUAUCCUCCAGGCGGACACUC